UGGCCAUGGCGGAUACAGCGACUACAGCAUCGGCGGCAGCGGCAAGUGCCGCUAGCGCCUCGAGCGAUGCACCUCCUUUCCAGCUGGGCAAACCCCGGUUCCAGCAGACAUCGUUCUACGGCCGCUUCAGGCACUUCCUGGAUAUCAUUGACCCUCGCACCCUCUUUGUCACUGAGAGACGUCUCAGAGAGGCUGUACAGCUGCUGGAGGACUAUAAGCACGGGACCCUGCGCCCAGGGGUCACCAAUGAACAGCUGUGGAGUGCACAGAAAAUCAAGCAGGCUAUUCUACACCCGGACACCAAUGAGAAGAUCUUCAUGCCCUUUAGGAUGUCAGGUUACAUUCCUUUCGGGACGCCAAUUGUGGUCGGUCUUCUGUUGCCCAACCAGACACUGGCAUCCACUGUCUUCUGGCAGUGGCUGAACCAGAGUCACAAUGCUUGCGUCAACUAUGCAAACCGCAAUGCUACCAAGCCUUCACCUGUAUCCAAGUUCAUCCAGGGCUACCUAGGAGCUGUCAUCAGCGCCGUCUCCAUCGCUGUGGGCCUUAAUGUCCUGGUUCAGAAAGCCAACAAGUUCACCCCGGCCACCCGCCUUCUCGUCCAGAGAUUUGUGCCCUUCCCCGCCGUAGCCAGCGCCAAUAUCUGUAACGUGGUCCUGAUGCGGUACGGGGAGCUGGAAGAAGGGAUCGAUGUCCUGGAUGGUGAUGGCAACCUCGUGGGCUCCUCCAAGAUUGCAGCCAGACAUGCCCUGCUGGAGACCGCGCUGACACGAGUGGUCCUCCCCAUGCCCAUCCUGGUGCUCCCUCCAAUCGUCAUGUCUGUGCUGGAGAAGACGGCUCUCCUGCAGGCGCGCCCCCGGCUGCUCCUCCCUGUGCAAAGCCUCGUGUGCCUGGCAGCCUUCGGCCUGGCCCUGCCUCUGGCCAUCAGCCUCUUCCCACAGAUGUCAGAGAUUGAAACAUCCCAGUUAGAGCCUGAGAUUGCCCGGGCCACCAGCAGCCGGACAGUGGUGUACAACAAGGGGCUGUGAGUGGUGGCCAGCCGGCCCGGGGAUGCGGCGCUGUCCAGCCUGGGGAGUUGGGGGCGGGGAAGGAGUCUCCUGAGCAGCACCUGCAGGUGGGGCGAGCUGACCCCAGCAGUCCUGGGCCACCUGGGAGGGUCUCCAUCCACAGUGGUAGGGAGACUAAUCCAUUCACAUGUUAACAUAAGGGAGAGGAAUUCUGACACAUUUCCUAUAAAAAUAAUCAAGUGCAUUUCUGGGCCUUACGUGGGGUUGUCAAAACUCUACUCAGCACAAUUAUGUGUGAAGCUGAAAAAUUGUAGAGUGCCCACAGGGUAGAAUUAGGAUCCUUUUAUACUUUUUUUUUUUUUUAAUUUUUUAUCUGAAUCAAGCCUUGGUUGCAGCUGCCAAGAUGCUGCUAGCAGGUGGUCUGGUGGUGAGAGUAGGGGUAGCCCUUUGAGCUGCUGGUUUGGUGGCUGGGCUGGUAGAUUUAAGACAUUACUGUGGCCAAGACCAAUGUCUCCCUGGGUUGGGCAGGGGUGGGGAAGAAAGGGGAGGCCGUCUGCACCUCAAAGGAUGAACCAGCCAUGACUAAGGUCCCCAGGAGGUGGCCCAGGAAAUCGAGGAGCACUGAAGGCCUCUGGAAGAUUCCAUGAUCAGCUGGCUUUGAGUGUGGCUGGCCUUCAAGAUCCGUGCCUCACCUAUCAAACCAAUUCCUCUACUUAAAGCCCAGCAACACGCUGGGGCUGGCAUCACUCUUUAUGGAGCCCUAAUAUAUUUGAGGCCCCUGAGAUGAUCCCAACUCUAGACAGGAGCCGUAGGCAUGUAGUCUGGUCUUUUCAGGAAGGUCCUCCUUCCCAGUACCAGGCUGGAAGCUGGGCAUUAGGGCCGAGCGCGGGGUUGGAGCCAGGCUGACUGGUGUUGGGGAAGCCUCUCCAGCCACUGAGGCUGCCUGCCCCAUCCCACUGCUUCCUGAGGGUCUCAGAGAGAACAAAGGCCAGAUCUCUCGGCACCUAUCUGAGAAGGAGUGUCAACCCAGGAACGGCAGACUCUGGCUCUGGCUGGUUAUGUGACUUUGGACAAGCCCACUCCCUUCUUUGAGCCUCUACUCCCAGUCUGGAACCAGAGGACCGGAUCCAGGGGUUCCUACCUGCUCUUCCAGCCAGAUCUCGUCUUUGCCUGUCCUGCUCAGAUGCGGGUCAUCCCAGGCACAUCCCAACAUGGACACUGGACUUGGGAAGGGGCAGGCCCGUUUGGGAAUGGCCAGCAGUUGGCUUCAGAACCUGGACUUUGCUCUUCUGUAUGUGACGCCAUAUCCUGGGAGCACUUGACCUUUGCCAAACAUGUUAUAGUUCUGAAGGGGGAGGUAGAGUGGAUGCCUGGGCUUGAGUGGGGGGCCUCUCACCCUGCACCGCCCCUCAGGCCCCUUGUCGCUGGCUGCCGGUUCCCUUCCCUUGCAGGCCAGGAAAGAGGACAACUCUGCAGAGGACCUCAGGGGCUGAGGAGGGGGCGAGCAGGGUAAUCCUGUGUCUGAAAGGCCCACAAAAGAGGAAUCAUGAGUCUCAACGGACCCCUCAGCUAAGCCCUAAUAGGAUGAGCCCUCAACCUGCAGCCACAGGACCUCCGCUCCCUGGGUGACUCCACCUGCGGAGAGAUGUGGCUGGACGCGAACGUGUGCGUGCAGGAAAAGGCUAAUGCAAGGCAGCAAGGGCAUGGCCUCAGGUAGCUCUGCUGCCCUUAGGGCGGGAGAAGAUGCGGCAAGGUGGCUCUUCUGCAGGCACUGGCACCCUACACCCCACAAGAAGCCCCUGUCACCCUCACCUCCCAGCCAGGCCCUGGUGCCCCCCAGCUGGCUCUGCAGGCUGCUGCCCUGAGGGGCCCCCACUCCCCCAAGGGGCAGCCCACCCACUGCCCAUCAGGAAGGGGAGAAGGCAGAGACAAGCAUGGAAGACAGAACAGCAGAGGGAAGGGGUGCCACAGUGUUGGAGAGGCAGGCAUGUUUGAGUUGCUCCCGCCAUAACGGGAAUGUGCCGGUGCCUGGGGGCUGGGCACGGCUGGGCCUCUUUUGCAAAGCUCACUUCAAGCUCGCCCUGCCCCACCUCUCGUCAGGUCUUAUUCUUGUGCACUUUACCUUGGGACCAAAACUGCCCACCCCAGCUGUACUCCCACCCCCUCCAGAUGCCUGGCAGAGAUGGGAUCUCUCCAACCCCCGCCUCUGUGCUGGCUGCCCUGGCCCCGCCCCACCUCAGUGCCACCCCAGCCCUGGCCCUGUGGCCUCUGCAUCUCAUAACUUACUUACUUUGCCCCCCAGAUGAUUUCCAGUCAUGCUCCCAAAUGCAAGUUUAGGUGAUUUAUGGGGUUCCUCCUGGCAGGGGUGGGGAAGGCAAAGGAUCCUUAUAGCUCAAGGUGAGGGUGACAGAUUCAGCUCUGCCCUGGCAUGGAGGGGGAACCUUUGGCUAACAUCUACCCCCACCCCCGUGCUGAGGCCAGACGAAGGGAAGUCUCACGGGAAGACUGUUCCAUGACUGGGGAGGGAGCCGACUCAGGGCAGGGCUGGCCCGGCGGUGCCUGAAUUCAGGGCAUACCUGCAGCUGUUUCUCCAGCUCUUGUGUAUCUGUCCGGCCCUCCUCUGGUCAUGGCAAACACUCCUGAAGGCUUGGGGAUGCCUUCUCCCAUUUCCAGAGAACGGUCUGCGUGUGCAGGGACCAAAAGCCCAAGAUGUCAAGAUGGCUGAUGAGUGAAAAUGGCCAACAGAUCCCUUUCUAUGUCCUGUUGUGGGGUGGGGUAUGUGUCGGGGGGAGGGUGUUGUCUCCUGCCCUGGGCCUCGAGCCUGGCAGAAGGGUGGGGUCCUGAGAGGAGAAGGGCCGGAAGACGGAAGCACGGUGGCUUUCCAGCCCUGGGCUGAGGUGAGCGAGGCUCCAGCACACACGCCUCGGUCACGCCCAGGUUGCUUUGCAGUGUCCUUUUAACCUUCUCAGAAAGUGUCUCCAUCUCUGUGAUUUAUGUAAUACUAAUGAACUG